AUGGCGGCACUCAGCUUUUGCAUCUCUUCUCCUCCUCAAAUUCAACGCAAACAAUUCAAACCGAGCCUUUUCCCUCCGGAAUUUACCCCUUACACCGGAGAAUUCCAUGCCAAACCCAUCUCUCUCUCCAGACGAUUCCGUGGCGCCAUUAACGCCACAUCAGCAGUUUCCGAUUCAUCGGAAUACGCAAAGCAGCCAUCUUCACCGGCGAAGAAGCUAAGGGAGAUUAUGCAAUCCCCUGGUCUUCUUCAGGGUCCCUGUUGUUUCGAUGCUCUUAGUGCCAAACUCGUCGAGCGAGCUGGGUUUCCUUACUGCAUCACCUCUGGAUUCUCAAUUUCAGCGGCUCGGAUUGGUUUACCUGAUAAAGGACUCAUUUCUUAUGGAGAAAUGCUCGAUCAAGGCCUACAAAUCACACAAUCCGUAUCAAUCCCAGUGAUUGGAGACGGAGGCAAUGGAUUCGGCGAUGCGAUGAAUGUUAAGAGAACUGUCAAGGGAUACAUCAGAGCUGGAUUUGCAGGAAUCAUCAUCAACGAUCAGGUUUGUAGUGGCGAUGAUAAGAGAAGAGUGGUUUCUAGAGAUGAAGCAGUGACGCGUGUUAAAGCUGCGGUUGAUGCACGUAGAGAGUGUGGUUCGGAGAUUGUCAUCGUAGCUCAAACUGAUUCUAGAGAAGGAAUAUCUCUGGAGGAAUCUCUAAUUAGAGCGAGAGCUUUUACUGAUGCUGGAGCUGAUGUUCUCUCUGUUAAUUCUCUUGUUUCUAGAGAAGAGAUGAGAUCAUUCUGCAGUGUGUAUCCGCUUGUUCCUAAACUGGCUAAUAUGCUUGAAAGUGGUGGGAAAGUUCCGAUACUAAACCCGCUUGAGGUAGAAGAGGUUGGAUAUAAGUUAGUGGCGUAUCCUAUCUCCUUGAUUGGAGUAUCUAUUCGAGCAAUGCAGGACGCGUUAUCGGCGAUUAAAGGUGGUCGGAUUCCUCCACCUGGAAGCUUGCCGUCGUUACAAGAAAUCGAAGAGAUUCUUGGUUCUGAGACAUACAAUGAGGAAGAGAAGCAGUACCGUUACACUACCUGGUCAUCAGAUAGAGGUGAGAGAUAUGAAGGAUCGAGCAGUGGUAGCGUCUAUGUUGAUGAACGAGUGGCUCAAGAUGAUUCAGAACAGAGAGAGGAACCGAUUGUUGAAGUGAUGACACCUGAGGUGGUGUAUAGUGAAUCAAGAAAUCCCUUUUCAACAAUCUGGUCACGGUCUCUGAGGAUCAAAAUCAUUGGACGUGAUGGGUCUGAGAAACUCGAUGUCAAAAUUCCGGCCGGAUUCUUGGAAGGUGUCACCAACAUUGUUCCAGCUUUAGGAGGUGUGAACCUGAGACAAUUGAUGGACGAUGCAACCGAUGAAGUGGGAGGGAAGCUUUUGUUAGAUUUUAAAGACACUGGAGGUGAUAGAAUCCAAGUAUUUCUAGAGUGA